AAUAAUUUGUGCAAAUAAUUUUUUCUACUUAUUACAAUUAUUUAUUGUUAUUAUCAUGAUAAAAUAUCGUUUCAGUUAAUAAUAAUAAUAAUAAUAAUUAAUUACGGAUAAGUAUAUCAUAUCUGAUUUUGCACUCAAAUAAACCAUGUUUAUGAACGCCAGAGCCUAAAGGAAAAGUAAUUUUGUAUCAAUAUUGCAAUCUGUAUUUUUGCGACACUUGAUGGUGAUAUUGCUCAAUUAUAUUGGUGUCCAAAAAAAGUAAAACACGGACUAUGUUAUUAAGCGAUUUAUUCAAUAUCACAUUCAACAAAAUGUCAGUGACCAAUAAAAUAGUGUACAUAAUUCAAGUGGGUAAGUAAAGUUAUAUUUUUAAUAAUAAGUAUAGCAAUCAAUGCCACUCUAGAAACUAUUUCCGGAGAGAUUUUAUUUUGUUGGAACUUCUUUUAAAACGGAACACAAACUAUACGCAUAAUUUACCAUGAACGCCGCAUAGAAACGGUCAUUUUUACGGAAUUCGAUGUUUAAAACGGUUUAGCGCAAACCAAGUCUUAGACUUCUAUCAGAAUUAUUCAAAGACCAAACGCGGGUCUUAAAUGAUUAAAGUCAAAUGUAUAUGGACAGAUAAUGAAAACGGGAAUUCUUAAUCGUGACGCAUACAUUAAAUUCUACACAUAUACUGUAAAGGUACUUGUGCCGUAUGUAACGAAUAUAUAUUAACACGGAUAGGGGAUAUGUUUUUAAUUAUUAGUAUAUACAUAAAUAUGGCUAAUCUAUAAAAUAUAUUUAACUUUCAAGGCGAACAAAUCAUGUGAACGAAAGAUGGUGCAAGACAGAUGGUAGAUAUGUUUCAUCCACAUAACAUUAACUAUCUAUACUGUUUGAAGACUGAAAUAUAAAUGUUAUUAAUUUUAAUAAAAUUGGAGAAUCUAAGCCGUGUUAAUAUGUGUUCGGCUUGAUAUGAGUCAGAUAUCGGCCAUUCAAGUGCAAGUGUCAGCUCGAAAAAGACUAAACAUUGAGUCGUAACGUGGUCGACGCAGUUAUAUUACUGUAUAAGUAUUUACAACAAUGUUAACACAUUACCUCUUUGUUUAUAUGUCUACCCAUCUAAAAGUAUCCACAUUCAAAUAUAACAGUACGCAAUUGUGAUUAAACCUUAGGCUCUCUACGUGCAUAAUAGCUGAGUCUGGUCGUCUUUUCACUUUGGAAGGAAGCAUACCACAAUUAUAUAUAUAAUAACCGAUUAUGGAAUGUAUGUAGUAUUGAGUAAUUUUCAACGUCUUGAGUUGUUUAAUGGUAUUGAAUUGAUAUGCAUUCUCUUGUAUUGCUAUUUGAUUUUAAUUAAUAGUGGGGGUGCUUUUUGAAUCCCAUUUUAACACGCAAUGCUGCGUAUACUAAGGUUUCUCUUGCGCUCGCGGGGAUAAAUGUUUACUUUAUUCAUUUAUUCUUAGUGUUGAAAUAGAAAAAAAAAAUUACAUACAGAACAUAGAUAAAAUUACAAAUGCUAAAAUGCAUUAACCAUGCGACUUAAACAAAAAACUAUUUCAAACAAGUAUAAUUAUUAACCGUUUAUGACUGUAAUUAAAUUAACUAUAAAUUUCUGUAAACAGAGCAAUGUACGACUUAUUAAGAAGAAGGAUAGUAUUUUACGUAAUGUCUAUUUUCAGUUAAAGACGACACAACAAAAGUAAAGCAUGCCGAAUCACUACUUCAAAUCGAAAUGUGACAUGGAGAAGUGGAUCGCUGUGUCAACCUGUCAAGUUGAUGAAUAUAUUCAACAUGCGGAUGCGCCAGGGAUUUCUCUCCUUACUGGUGUGCUGGUCGACAUGACCAAAAUAGCUCGUACAAUACAAGAUCGGAAUAACUGGGCAGAAUUCAGGACCUUUAGUAAAAGCCAAUUCAAACGCCUUUGUACGAGAUACAAACAAAUUAAUAUGGGUACUUUGGAGGAAACAAUGAAGUGUAUUGAAGGUGAUACUCCGAUACCCCAAGACCUGGAAGACGUUAUCAAGCAGAGAGUUGAAUUUUGGCGCCAAACUCUGCUAUCCGCAGAGGAGUUUAAUCUGGAAAGAGAUAUCCAAGCACGGCUUGAACAGAUCUAUGACACAGGUGGUUAUUUUUUGACUGUUCUCGGUGGACGUCACAUUGAAGGGAGAAGUACACCAGACCUUCCACGGACUAAACCAAACACAUAUUAGAAAACUACUGUGACACGGAUAUUAUGUUUUAAAAGAUUUCCUAAAGGACCUUUUACAGUAAUUUUGUUUCAUCUAGUACUGUGUAAUAAGCAUAUACGUAUAUUAGGUAUUUAUUCCGUGUAUUUAAUGCAAAGCAUUUAAGCUAUUGUGGAUAAUUAUAUUAUAUACUUUCUUGUGAUUACAUAGAAUAUUUGUUGGAUUUGGUGGAAUAUCGAUUUUAAUUCACGAAUGAUCAUAGAAAAUGAUAUUUUCGCCACGAAUGAAAAUUCAUUUUUCUAUGAUCACUCGUGAAUUUAAAUCGAUAUUCCACCAAAUCCAACACAUUUUUUGUAAAGCUGAAUAGCUGCAGCUAUCCGUGUCACAUGUAGUUUUCUAAUAUCGGUGUUUUUGUGUUUAAUAAGCGCAAAUGACUUGCCAUGUUUGUUACGUAACAAAUAUGAUGAUACCACGUUGAUGUGACAGUCUGUUCAUACAUACAUUAGCACGUGUUAAAUUUAGUAUAUGCUUUAUUGAUUGCCUGUUUUCCUUUCACAAUUAACUUGUAUAUUUGAUACUUUAUAUACAUGUUUCUAUUCAUUAAAGGCGUGUAAUUGAACACAUAAAUGCCUCCACUUGUUUAUGUGUUUAAGACCGUGAUUCCUAUCACCUAGACAUUCAAAUAGGUAUUUUUGUACAUGCAACUUACAGAAUCUCUUUGGUAUUGUGUAGUAGAUGUCGAUUAUAUAAUACGAAAAUGCUUAAAACCGGAGCAUCGUCACGCUUCUGACGUGUGUGCAAGACCAAGUGAAUGUAAACAUUAAA